AUCAACACCGUCAUGACGUCAAACUCAAUGGCGCCAUUUUUGUUGUCUGCAUUUUGAAUCAAUYCGUAGAAUAAUUCUGCCACAUUUAAAAAAUAUAUUUGCCUCGUAUUUUCAAUCAUUAGUAAUGGCUAAUAACGAAGGAGUUAUUCAAGCUUUACACGAGUUCGAGAACAUGACAGAUGCGGAUAAAGUCCUUACGCAAGAAUUAGAAGAUUUAUUUGUUCAGAUUGCUCAUACAGGGAGAACCCAAAUCCCUUGGGUAUACCUGAAACCUGUAUUUAUGUUUAAGAUGGAUAAGGUAAUGAGAGAUUUCUUUGAGAGUAGCCCUUCAAGAAACAGUAAUUCAACAGAGCCCACGAAYAAUGCAGAAUUUGAUGUUAUGAGACAGAGACUUUUGGACUGUAUUGAAUCAUUUACAAGUGCACCAUUCACUAUGCAACGGUUAUGUGAGUUAAUAGUCGAACCAAAAAGACAUUACAGAUGUAGUGAGAAAUUUAUGAGAGGAAUAGAAAAGAAUGUUCUGGUAGUGAGCACAAUGACAGAGAAUGGAGAAGAAGAGCUUUCAAAUAACAUAGAGGGUAACCAUGACAAUACCAGUAUACCAAAUGGUCCUGUCACUAAUGGCAUUAUAACCACAGCUUGUCCAACUGAAAUGCAGUCUGUAGAUAACAGAGACAGUGAUGAUGGGCAUUUGCAGCAUUUCCCAGAAACACACUACCCAACCGAAGAAGAAUUGCAGAAACGCAAUGAAUCUCUCUCCAUAGAAAACAAACACUUAGAAGAAGAAGAAAUAGAAGAAGCUAAAACCGAAGCCAAAGAAGAAGACUGCACAUCAAAUGAGAAAGAGUCAACGCAAAAUUCUAAUGAUAAAACAAAUGACAGUUCUGGGAUUAAAGAAUCAGAAACAGAGAUACAGGAGCAUAGUGAAAAGGAUAAUAAAGCUGUAGAGAAAACCUUAGAAGAGAAAACAGAAUUAAAAGAAGUUUGUGAAGAAAAAGAAAAAUGUGAUGCAGAGAAARAAGAAACUAAUGGAAAUAUUGUUGAAGAGGAAAAGAGUAUUAAUAAUUGUGAUGAAUCAAAAAAAGAGACAGUUGCAGUCGCUGACAACAAAGAAACUGAAAGUGAGAAGAAACCCACUACAGCACCAUCAGCAGAUCAAGAUGAACCUAUGGAAGAGUAAUUCAAUAUAAAGUUUUUUGUUUUCUAAUUAAUCUCAUCUUGUACAAAGUGUAUUAUUGGUCCAUCUAUUAUCUCUAUUAGCACAUCACUAAAGCUAACAUUAGAGCUGUAUUUAAUAGCCAUGACCAAAAUGAUUAUUUCAUUUUCUACUUUCACAACUCCACACCUGUUGUGAAUUCCAUUUUUUUCUGAGAAUUUUUGAUAAUUAAAGGCCAUUUUAUGAUUUCAUUUCAUUGUGUAAUAAGGAUCUAAACCUAAUCAAUAAGGGACUUGACAUUGUCAAGGAGGGGAAGGGUAAUGACAGAUUUUCUGGGUCAGACUGCAAAAGAAAUAGAUUUUUUAAUAGAUUGCAAACACUGGAUUUAAAAAGAAAUUAAGACAGCUUCUGGAAAUGUUACCCUCCUGUUACAAAUGAACUAUAAGACUAGUGCAGAAUAAAAUAUUGCUGGUACAAAAGCAAAGUUUUUAUUAUGRCUUGGAAUCUGAUUUAUUGCAGCAAGAAUAGGCAGCUUGUGUUCUAGUUGUAAUACUCAUGCAAAAUCAUACCCUGUCUUCUAACUGAUAAGCUAGGAUCAAGUCCCAGAUAUUAAGUUUCAUGUACCAAAUCAAAAUAAAGAUAUUCUUCUAAUACUAA